CUGCCAGUGUUCUGCGAAUGAUGAACUACGCUAUCACCGAGCCCACCUUCCAGAAGGGUCUCCGGUACUACAUCCAGCAAAACAAAGAUCACGGUGUGGCCAACGAAGAGAACCUGUUCGACAGCUUGGAGCAGGCGGCCAAGGAAGACGCCCAACUGCCCCCGAGCUUGACGAUGAAUGAAAUUUUCCGAUCUUGGUCCAACCAGCCUGGCGCCCCUGUCGUUACGGUGAAACGCGUGGGCGAUACCAAUGAGUUCCUGUUCAAUCAGGAGCGUUUCUACAGCAGCCCUCCCGAAACUCCAGGUGGCCAGUCCUGGUGGAUUCCGAUUUCUUUCUACACCCCUAGCACCGACGGCCAGUACAACUCCAGUGCCGCCUUCUGGAUGCCACCACAUGAGACCGAUGUCAGUUUUUCGAUCCAGAUGGCCGAGGGAGACUUCCCGGUAGUGAAUCCACUCGCCCGAGGAUACUAUCGCGUGAACUACGACUGGCAGACCUGGGAGAACAUCAUCUCCGCUUUGUACGAAUCGCCGGAUACUUUCCACCGCUUAACCCGAUCGCAGCUGGUUGACGACGCUAUGAAUUUGGCUCACGCGGGAAAAUUGGACUACUUUGUGGCCUUCCAGGUGUUGGAUUACUUGACCGAGGAAAGUGAUUUCAUCCCGUGGAGCACCGCUGCCAGCAACCUGAAGUUCUUGGAGCGCAUGCUUCGCCACGAUGCUGAAGCAUUGGAAAAUUUGAAGAGCUAUCGCUCGAUGCUGGCUGCCAAUCUUCUGGCUACUUACGGAUUUGAGGCAAUCAAGGGUGAAUCUGCAGACGCUGAGGCAGCACGCUUGAUCGCUCUGGAAUUGGCCUGCAACGUCGAUGAUUCCUGCCAAGCAGAAGCCGCCCGACGACUGCGAUCUUCGCGAAACAGCGAGUCUUUCGUAAUUGGAUCCAAGACCGAACAAGUCCUGAUUUGCAGUCAGAUGCGCAAAUCGGACAACAAUAACUUCUCGAUAAUGCUGAACAGCUUAAAGAAUACCCGAGAUUCGUUUGCACGAUCGUACUUGAUCAAUACGAUCUCCUGUUUUGAGAGCGAACAUUCAAUCAUCGCCUUGCUGGAGUCCCUCAAGUCCAACGAUUUCGCUGCAUCGGAGAAAACGCAAAUUCUUAAAUCCAUCUACAGUAACUCUCUAACCGGUCUGAAAGCCAUCAUCGAUAUGUUCGAUACCACCACUAAUGUCUGCGAAGAAAUGAACAUCCCCGAGCGCGAACUGACCGCUCUCCUAGAAGACAUGGCCGAGUACACCACCCAGCCGGACACCGCCAGCCGGCUCACCAACCUGGUCAAGAGAAAGGCGCCCACUCAGCUGGUCGACACCGUGCAAGUCAAGCUGCGCGAGAAUCAAAGCUGGAUCCAAAGAAACGCAGCCAUUGUUUCCGAGUUGCUGAAAACCCCGCCACAGAUAGACAUGUGAUCGAUAUCAGACGCCGCGCCGGACACGAGCCUCGCUCUCAUAAAUAUACUCAAUAAAUAAAGAUGAUUGUUUUCUUUUGGA